ACAAGGCUGAACCACACACACCACAACCCACAAGCAAGAGAGUACGUAGAGAGAGACCACAGUGGUGAGGAGAGAUCGGAUGGCGUCGGAGAUGAGCAAUGACGUGAAGUUCUCUGAGGAAGAAGUCACCUCACACCCGCGCGUUCUCGAAGGUGAGGAGCAGACUGUGGUUGCGCCAGCGCGGCAGUCUUCCAUCUUCGCGCUGACGCUGGACGAGCUGCAAUACUCGGUGUGCGAGGCGGGGCGCAACUUCGGGUCCAUGAACAUGGACGAAUUCAUGAGCAACAUAUGGAAUGCUGAGGAGUUCCAAGCGGCGACUGGCGGUGGCUUGGUGGGCAUGGAGAUGGCUCCUGUGGUGGGUGCUGGUGGAGGCGGAGGUGGCGGAGAUGCAGGAGGAAGCAACCUAGCCCGACAAGAGUCGUUCUCCUUGCCUCCCACGCUGUGCCAAAAGAUGGUGGAGGAGGUGUGGGCUGAGAUCAACAGGGAGCCCUGCCCGGUGCAUGCCCAGCGUCAGGCCGCACAACCCUCACAGCAGCCUCCUGUCCAGCCAUCGGUUGCGGCCAACAACCGGCAGGGGACCCUAGGCGAGAUGACGCUGGAGCAGUUCCUUGUUAAGGCCGGCGUGGUCCGGGGAUCGGGUGCCGGUGGCCAGGCGCCGGUGCCGGUCGACAUGGUCCAUGGACAGAUGAACCCCGCGCAACAAGGGCAACAACCUGACACAAUGAUGUACCCAAUGGCACCAGCCAAUGGCAUGUUCCCGGUGAUGGGAGAUGGCAUGGGGUUCAUCCCCAAUAUGUACGCAGGGAUUGUUGUGGUGCCGCCACCACCACCUUCUCAAGGUGGGGUGGGUAUCGUGAGCCCCGGGUCGUCGGACGGGAGGAGCGCCAUGACACAGGCUGACAUGAUGAACUGCAUGGGCGAUGGAGCGAUGAUGGAGAGUGGCGGCACCCGGAAACGCGGUGCCUCAGAGGAUCAGUCUUGCGAGAGAAGCAUCGAGUGCCGCCACCGCCGGAUGAUCAAGAAUGGUGAGUCAGCCGCACGAUCGCGUGCUAGGAAGCAGGCUUUUACCGUGGAGCUUGAAGCUGAACUGAACCACCUCAAGGAGGAGAACGCUCGUCUAAAAGCUGAGGAGAAGAUAAUUCUGCUGACCAAGAAACAAAUGUUGGUGGAGAAGAUGAUAGAACUGUCCAAGGAGAACGUGAACGCCAAGAAGGGUAGCACCCUCUCGCGGCGCUGUGGCAGCUGCAUCUGGUGAAAGGUGACCUGCCAUCCAUCCAUAGUCGUGCUCGCAGGAGGAUGAGGAGGAAUUGUGGUGUUUAUAGCAGUAACAUUUUCUUUCCGGAGCGGGGUCGUAUAGUAAUUUACUAGUAGUACCUAAAAUCAUAAGGACCCGAAUGUCAGUGUUUAUCUGGUCAAGCAAGUGAACUUCUGUUGUUGUUACUGUUUAUAGGUAUAUGGAUUUGUCAGAACU